GAAAAAAAUUUGAACUUUGGUGUCACAGAAAAAAAAACCUUUCAACUUCCUUCCAUGGCGAUAUCUCCUCUUCUCUGGACUCUUAUCAUCUUCUCCAUAAUCUUCUCACUCCAAUCCUCCUCCUCCGAAGAAGACACACCAAUCACACGAUUCCAACAAUACUUAAGAUUCAACACAGCUCAUCCAAACCCUAACUACACCGCACCAAUCUCCUUCCUCAUUAACCAAGCUCAAUCAAUCGGUCUCACUACCAAAACAAUCGAAUUCAUCUCUGGCAAACCAAUUCUUCUCAUCACAUGGCUAGGCUCAAACCCUAACCUCCCAUCAAUUCUCUUCAACUCUCAUCUCGAUUCAGUCCCCGCCGAAUCAGAGAAAUGGACAUAUCCACCGUUCUCAGCUCACAAAACCAUCGACGGCCACAUCUACGCUCGAGGAGCGCAAGACGACAAGUGUAUCGGAGUUCAAUAUCUAGAAUCAAUCAGAAACUUGAAAUCGAGAGGCUUCUCACCUCUCCGUACGAUUCAUAUCUCUUACGUUCCUGAAGAAGAGAUCGGUGGAUUCGACGGGAUGAUGAAAUUCGCGGCGUCAUCGGAGUUUAAGGAUUUGAAUUUGGGAUUUGCUAUGGAUGAAGGACAAGCUAAUCCUGGCGAUGAAUUUAGGGUUUUUUACGCUGAUCGAGUUCCAUGGCAUUUUGUUAUUAAAGCUGAGGGGAUUCCAGGUCAUGGCGCUAAGCUUUAUGAUAAUUCAGCUAUGGAGAAUUUGAUGAAGAGUGUUGAGUUGAUUUCUAGGUUUAGAGAGUCACAGUUUGAUUUUGUUAAAGCUGGUAAAGCUGCGUAUUCGGAGGUUAUCUCUGUGAAUCCAGUUUAUCUUAAAGCUGGAACUCCUACUACUACUGGGUUUGUGAUGAAUAUGCAGCCUUCAGAAGCAGAAGCUGGGUAUGAUUUAAGGUUGCCUCCAAUGGCAGAUCCUGAUGUUAUGAAGAAAAGAAUUGCUGAAGAAUGGGCUCCUUCUAUUAGGAACAUGACCUACUCGAUACAAGAGAAAGGAAAGUUAAGAGAUCAUUUAGGGCGACCUAUAAUGACUCCAGUAAAUGAUUCUAAUCCUUGGUGGUCUAUCUUCAAGCAAGCUGUUGAAGCAAUGGGAGGAAAACUCGCAAAGCCUGAAAUUUUGGCUUCAACUACAGAUUCACGCUUUAUUCGCACUUUGGGAAUUCCAACUUUUGGGUUCUCUCCAAUGACCAAUACGCCUAUUUUAUUGCAUGACCAUAACGAGUUCCUAAAGGAUACUGUAUUCAUGAAAGGAAUAGAAGUAUAUGAAUCGGUUAUCAGCGCUCUAAGUUCCUUUGAGGGAGAAUCUGCUCAAGUGAUUUGAAGCAUGUAUAUAUGCAAACAAUUGUGACACACUGCUUAUGGUCAAGGCUCACAUUGCUAUGACCAAGAAAAGUAGUAGCUGUUUCAUCUGUAAGUUAUUUUUAUCAACACUUACUCUUGCUUUAACACCCUUAAGUGGUUGGUAAUAAUCCUUUGUAUAUAUAUCAGACAUUUGAUUUGCCUGCAUAAUUCUCUAACUCUGAAGAGAAAAUGUCAUUGGUGCUUGGAGCAUGAUUUCACAAAGUGUUGAUCUUUUUAGCUCUCAAUGUUCUAAUUUUCAGGAGUUGUUGUAACAUAUCACUUGCAUAGCAUCAGAGAUUAUUUCAUAUCACUUGAUUUAGUUAUUGACUUUACGGCUCUGAAAAUAAACAAACCAUUCGUGUGGGUCUUCUCUCCCCGAGUCUCGACCCUUCCGGUCUUUGUUUUCGCAGUUGUGCAACUUAUGGUUCCGGUUUAGUUUCAACUUUCUUUCAGCUAUUUUGCUUUGAAGAUGGUUUUAAGACAACUUGAGCUUCAUUUUUCCUGGCAUGCGUUGUGGUUUAUUCAGAUCUACUUCAUCUUCUAUUUACUUGUGUUGGACUAAAAAUUAUUGGUGAUUCUGUUCAUGAUGGUAUCUUGAGCUGGAGAUAAAUUCUUCCUUUGGCGGCAAUUUUGUUGUGGACCUUUCUCUCGUCGUGGACUUUAGUUUCUUCUUGUAAGCCCAAAUGUUAGAAGAGUUUGUGCUGUUUUUCUCGGGAAAACGGGGAAAAAGUGUAUUUCUACCAUUUGUGAAAAGAGAAUCUCUAAAAUCACAUAGUACUUGAUCAUCUAGUUUGAAACUUAAUGUCUCAAAGUCAAAUAAAC